AUGGCUGGGAAGGAGGGCCAAGUUCCGAAGUCCGGUGCCCGGGAAUGGCUCAUGGUAGUAUUGGGAAGUUUGAUGACCUUCUUCUUCUCCUUUUACUUCUAUGGCUGGGCCUCCCUUCAGGCGCUCUUGGAAGAGGACGGCGUCUACGCGGAAGUGUGCCAGGUUGAGGACUCCGUUCAGGGCUCCUGUGCAGAAAGGACCAGUCGGAUGAUCCUGCUCUUUACAGUGUGCAACCUGGUGACCGUGUUAUCCCUCGCUCUGCUGGGACUUUUGGUGGACCGGCUGGGUCCAGCUCGUCUGUCGCUGGUGGGAGGCACGUUUCAAGCAGGGGGCCUCUUGCUCCUCGCAUCCACUCCAUCCACUCCAUCCACAGCUAUGCAGGCUAUGCACUCUCCCUUUGACGGCUACGUGCUGGCGUUCGGCUUUAUCGGGGUUGGUGGGGCGGCUUUGACCGUACAAGCCAUGAAGCUCCCCUUUGUGGUCCCUCCAAGACACUUUGCCUUGGUGAUGACGUUGCUGAACUGCCUCGUGGAUUCAUCAUCUGUGGCACCCCUUGGCCUCUACCGAUUGUACCUGGCAGGCCUCUCCCGCUUCAGCAUCUUCGCGGGCUACGGUGCCGCGUGCCUCCUCUUGAGCCUCUGCCUGGCCUUUUGCUGGUGGGGCCGGCCCGAGGCCAUCUUGAGGGCACUAAAUGCAGAGGAGCUGCGGGCAGCAGAACCAGUAGAGCCAGUGGAGCCAGUACAGCCAGCAGAGCCAGCAGAGCCAGUAGAGCCAGCAAAGCCAGCAGAGCAAGAGGUGAACCUGAAAGCACCAGAGGGUCCGGGAACUCGCCCGCGCCUACAUGGGCUAACCCUAUGGCAGCAGAUCUGGUCGCUUGAGUUUGCUGUUGCUGCAAUCUUUCUCACCACGCAGUUUUUUCGCAGCAGCGCAUACCUUGGCAUCAACAAGGAUUGGCUGGCGUCAUUAGGAGAUGACGAAACGGAGAAUACCUUCGCCCAGCUCUUCACGGGGCUCCUUCCGGCUUCGACCCUCCUGGUACCCUUGUUUAACCUUAGCUUCGCUCGUGGAGGCUUUGCCUUUACCUUUGGCCUCGUGAUGAUCCUUGGCUUUGUUUGGGGUUUGGUGGUCUUGGUGCCUUGGCUACAGCUUCAAGUCGUGGCUUUCAGCGCUUUCACCGUCUUCCGGGGCCUCCUCUUUGCAGUCUUCUUCACGUUUGUAGGCCAUAGCUUCGGGAAUCGAACCUUCAGCAAGAUGACCUCCGCGUGUUUCUUGCUGUCUGCCGGCAUGUCUUGGCUCAUUUGGCCCCUUGCCGAUCUCUCCCGGAGUCUCACAGACGGAUCAGACGGCUUUGCGCUCUUUAAUCUUUUCAUGCUCGCCCUCAGCCUGCCUUCGGUCUUCAUGACGUACCUCCUUGCUAAGCAUCUCAGGCAGUACCCAGCUGGAGACAUCUGUGUUUGCCCAGGACCAAAAACCAAGGCUGAAGGGGAGGCAAAGGAGGCAAAUGCGGCGAAAGGUGCAAAGGAGCCUUGCGCCUCUUGGUCGACUCUGGAGUAUGCGUACUUUUGA